UAUUCGAUUUACCGACUUGACCUGACUCCGAGUCAAUGGUCUGUUCUUCAUAGCUGCAUUUCUUGCACAGUUUAGCUUUUCUUUUGCAGCUAAACAGAACAGACCAUUAACUCAGAGUCGGGUCGAGUCAGUAAAUCGAAUAUGCUAUAAAAUUAAGGAAAGAAAACAAAAAUUUCAAGUUAGCUAAUCACAUGUUUACAUACAAGUUAAUUCCACGUAUACUCUAUAUUGAAGAUCUGAGACCAAGAAAAAGUGUCUCACAACACCUCAAUCUCUUAUAGUGAAAUUGUUACAAAUUCACAUUAAGUAUGGGAAGAACCUAUAGCCAUGGUAGAUAUUUAACUCUCUGUACUAAAAGACUUUCUAAAAAGAAAACAUAUGUUUUAAGGCGACGACGUAAAAGAGAGAUGAUGGAACAAGCAGCCUUGGCAGCCAACUAUAUCGCUAACAAUAUUAUUAAAAGUGAAUCUAUUGAGUCAAUAAACUCAUUUAUGUCACCUGAAACAAUUGAGUCAAACUCAUUCAUGUCAUCUGAAACAAUGGAUUCGAAAGAAAUGAACACUUUAGAAACAUACCUAGGUACAAAGUCAAUAGAUUCAAAAGAAAUGAAUAUUUUAGAAACGAACCUGGCUACAAAGCCAAUGAACUCAAAAGAAAUGAAUACUUUAGAAUCGUACUUAGAAACAAGGCCAAUGAAUUCGAAAGAAAUGAAUACUUUAGAAACGUACUUGGAAACAAAGUCAAUGAAUUCAAAAGAAAUGAAUACUUUAGAAACGUACCUGGGUUCAAAACUAAAUAAAGAUAUAUAUGAAAAUGUCCGAAUUUGUGACGAAGACGACGUUCCAGGUACGAAUCGUAUCCAAGAGCAUGAGCCUGAAGGUGAUCGUAUUAUCAAUAUUUCUUUCUUUAUGAAAGAGAUGCAUCGGGUAUUUGAUGGUCAUGCACCAGGAUUUGAGUGCAAAUUUAAAGAUUGGAUACUUAUAAAUUCGCGUCGUCGAGGAUUACUGACGCAGUUCUUUUAUAAGUGUCAAACCUGCAGUUAUGAAGCAAAUUUUUGGUCACAUCCUACAGACAAAAAAGUCUUUCUCAUCAGUACGGCUAUUACAGCUUCCAAUCAAAAAUCAAAGAUUGGAAUUAAUGCCGAACUGAAAGAACAAUUUGCAGCUGUAAAUCUACCAUGUUUGAAUGGGAAAAUAGAUAUUAGAUAAGAUAUUAAUUAAUCGAUGAUACCGAGGUGACGAACAUUAAAAAUAUGAAACUAACAGGAAAUUAAAAAGCAAUUCGAGCGGAAAGAAAUGAAGUAGCAUUUUGUAUUGUUGCGUCCGCAUGAUACAAUUAUUAAGUUUGAAUUGUUCUAUGAAUGAAGUCGCGAAGUACAUAUUCUCCGGCCAAGUCGUUUUUUUUUAAGAAUAGGCGCCAUGGUUACUGACUGGAACUUCGAUUCGGACAUAUGUAUGCUUCUCUGUAUUUGAGUUUAUACAUUCUUUGUUGCUUCCUCUACUAAAUGUAUCUUUUUUUUUUUUAGCGAUUUUUUAUCUCCAUGCGCCCGGUGAUCGAAUACUCACGAUCAUUUACACAGGCUGUAAUCUAUGUAAUAUAAACCUAUACCAUAAUCCUGUAAGAAUUGACCAAUUAUAGUCGAUUAUUUCCCUCUCAUUCGACUAUGAUCAAGCCUUACAGAUUAUGGUCAGUAUAAAUGAUCCCAAACUCACUGAAAUAUAAUAUUGAAACGCGCAUUUGCUGAUAUCGCAAUCCGAUAAAGAAGAUUCUAAAUAUUUCUUUUUAGUAUAAUUCAAUCUGAUCAAAAGUUUUAUUAUUACAGACUACGUUAUGCGCCGAAUUGUUUCUGAUGAGAGACAUAUACCGUAUCAAAUCAAAAUGGUUAGAUUAAGUUAGUCUGUGUUAAUAUGUGUGAUUUCACACAUAUGUAUUACAUUAGUGAAUUUUAAUUUUUUAUGAGACUGUAUAAUCCUCGCUACGCAUACACCAUCUACUGCACAUGUGCUAUAUAGUUUAGGAAAGGACAAAGACAUUCGUUAACAAAGGCAGUAAAGGGUCAGGUGUCCCAGUACAAUUAUAUUUCAAUGAUGUCACUUUAACUACAUAAUGUUGCUUUCCUUUUAGAACACAAUCGACACAAGUGUCACUUUUUAUUUGUUUUAUUAAAUAAAUUUAUUGAAGAAAAAGGAUAAAACGACGAUUGUGUGUCAAUAUAGAUUAAUUAAUGCCAACCUCGCGAGAUAUAGGCCAAGAUGUAUUGCGACAUCGAAUAUAAGAACUAAUUUUUAUAACGUAUUCUAUAGUACCGUCUACAGUGACAAAAGACUUUUCAUUUUUGUAUCUUCUGCAAAGAGGUAUUAAUUAGGCAAAAAAGUUAUAUACUAAGGUUCUAAAUAAUCAGAGAAUUGGCUUUGCGUCACGGUUUUUGAUCGGUGAUGCUUUUUAAUUAAAACAGCUAUAUUGAUUGAAUGUCAUUAUGUUGAAAAUUUAAUUCAGAUAAAAUAAUACUUCUAGCCAUGAUGUAAGAAUAUAUGGUGUUCGCUUUCGAGAUAUGCAGUGCUGAUCAAUCCGAGAGUUGUCCAAAAUGCAAAAAACAUUAUGGCUUCUAUGAUCUGCGACAGAUUAAAAGUUGAUUUAUAAUAACAGAGAAAAUAGUAAUUUUUCUGAUAAUAGUAAUCUCUCUGAUAAUAAUCUGUAAGAAUUGACCAAUCACCAUCAAAUGAGAGGAGAAUAAUCGACUGAUUGUCAACUCUUAGAGAUUACGAUAUAAAUUAAUAGAUUACAGUUAUUAAUCUCAAGUUAAGGCUCCUGAGUAGUCACUUUAGCCAUAUUGAAUUGUGACAUAAGCGAGAAAUGACACGUUGAUUUUUCUUACAUAUCAUUUGUAAAUAAAGAGAAUUUGAAUUAAACGAAAUGAUAAGAUCUCUUUAAAACACUUGUAAAAAUAGACACGUAAAUGAAUCUUUUUCGAUUCUUUACUGACUAUCAGGGGAGAUAAGGAUAGUUUUCGUCCAUUUUUACAAGUAUUUUAAGGGAAUCUCAUUAUUUCGUUUUAUCCAAAUUCUCUUUAUUUACAAAUAGCAUGCAAGAAAAAUCAAUGUGUUGCUUAUAACACAUUUCUCGCUUAUGACGUCACGAUUCAAUAUGAUUGGAGUGAGUACUCAGGAACCUCAAAUUAUAUAUUUCCACAAUGCUAUGUCGCACUACAUUUG